UCAGAAACAGAAAGGUCACCCCCAGAUUAUGCUUUUGGUCUCCUUGAAGUUGGAUGCAGUGGAACAAUUGAAGUCAUUCCAGAUUUAAUCAAUAAAACAUCUGAUGAUAACCUGAAGCCACUCACAACAGUAGGUUGGCCUUUGAAAGCUAGAAUGUUGUUGCAAUUGAAAUAAUGUUUUCUUCAUAAUAAUUUAUUUUUUCUACUUUAUUUUAUGCCGAUAGACAUCUUGUUGAUAUCAACUAUAAAAACUGUGAACACAUGAAUUAUUUUAGGAAUGUUUGUGUUAUGGCCAAUUGCAGUGAAGAUCAGGAUAUGUGAGGAAGCAUGAGGGUCCUACGGAAAACUGCCAUAAAUGGAGAGCUCCCUCUUUUUAAAAUUAUCAUUAUUAUUAUUUAUUUAGUAUCAUGGGUGACAAAUUACUCCUUAAUUUUGGCUUGAAAUUUCAGCCAUGUCCAUCCUUGCCGUCCUUUUCAGCAGAUGAUUAUGGAACAGUUCUAAUGGCUACAAAAUGAAAAUAUCCUGUACGAAACAUGCGUCACUCGUGCAGCACUGCUUUAGCGACUUAUAAGCGUUGCACAAAUGGCUGCAGGAGAGCUGCAUGAUAACUGCACCGCAAGCACUGCCGGAGUUUCGAAAAAAUGACCGAGUAAUGCCAGAUGAUUGUGUGAAUCAUGCAUAAGCUAUGCACACUUUUAGUCUUAGAUAACAAAAAUGGACCAUUAUUUUUGGAAUUCAAUUGUUGCACAAAAAGUUUUAGCCUUUUAGCAAAUAGCGUGACAUAGCCCCUUUAAAUUAAAUGAUUAUUAAAUUGCUUUUCUUGUUUAUAGAAGUAUUAUUAUUUCUUUUCAGCUCCCUUGUGGCCUUCCUCCAUUGUUUACCCCUGAUUUAAAAUCUGAUUUGGAGAAAUAUCUUCUGGAUCCUACAGUGUUGCCCAUCCAUGACUUUCAUAAAACUCAAAGGUAAUACCACCUUGUUCAAGAUGUUUUUUUGGUUAUUUAGAAGUACAUGUAAAUGCCUCCAAAUGUUGUAUCAAUGUAUUUAAUUAUAAUAAUCAUUGAUUUCAUUUCAUUAUCUUGAGAAGUGAAGCAGACAAAGAUGAAUCCGUAAACUUAUCAGACCCUUUCCUGGUUUUUUCAACUUUUAAAUGGGACCAGUUAGAAAAUCUGACAACACAGCUAGAAAGAAAUAAAAAAUUGCCUUAAAAUCAGUAAAGUUGCCAACUUUGAAAGUGAUUGGUUAAAAAUCAACAAAGAUCUAAUAAUAUAGCUCUGCAAAGUCACAGAAUUUUACAGACGUUUGUAUGGUGGAGGGUAAAAUUAAAAGAAAAAAAAUAAAAAUUUUGCCAAUUUGUGGAGCAAUACUGUAUCUCUUUGCAUGCAACACUUUUAAACUUUGGCAAUUUACCCUAGUUUAAGACCCUCUUUCCAGCAAUGUCCAUGGAGUUUCAAUUACUGUUCUUAACAUUAUUUGAGUAAAAAACAUACAAUGUAGACAGACCUUUCCUGGAUCAUCUUCCAUUAAGUGAUUAACUGCCAAAUAAUACUAGUUUUCACUGACAUAAAUCAUAGAUGUGAUAUUUAUCCAUUACAAUCAUGUAUAUAUAUGUCACUUAAAAUUUCAUAGCACAACAAACAGCAUCCAAAGUCAGGAUGGUAAAUCCAGAAUAACAUAACCUCAAAAAAGUUGAAAAAAUGACUCUUGCCGAUAUUUCGUCUUUUUUAAAAGACUUUGUCAGGGUCAUUACUUAGAAUUUUAUAGUAUACACUGAUUUACAGUUCAGAUUUGUUUUUUUUUUAAGUUGAUCGAUGUGCUGUGACUCAAUUCUAUUCUUAUGGUACAAAUUUGUUUUCCUUUGUAUUAUACUUGAACAUUAUAUAAACUUUGAUUUCUUGUUUUUAUGUCAGGUUCUGGCCCCGUGAAAGAGACCCAGAAAGUUUGCUUUUUGGUGAUGUCUGUCCAGUACCAUCAACAUUGAAAGUAGAACGAAAUCCAACAACUGGAGAGCUUCUUGGAUAUAAUGAGGUGUGAAGCAUAUUAUGUUUGAAUGUGUUUUAUUAGCUUUAUGCAGUGGAACUCCUUUAGCAUCCUUUGGGACACCUCCAUUCAGGGGAUACAAAUUUUGGUCCCGGAAAAAUUUACACACAAUCUUCAUAUCUGUUACCUCUUUGAAGGGACACCUCUAUUCAAGAGUAAGGCACAUUUUCUCUCGGCCCUGAAACCCAGGUUUAGCAUCCAUCCAGCGGACACCUUAGUGGUGACUGGCCACAGAUAUCAUUGAUAGGUAAAUAAGUGUUCACUAGUCACAAUGGUGACAGUUUUCAAACCACAAACUACAUGUAUCUCUCUUAAAGCAAUGUACUGCACAAACACACAACAUCCCAGAGAUAAGUUAAUCAGGACGUUUAAUUACAUUAUCUAGCUGUUUGAAAUAAUGACUGCAACAGAUUCCAAGGCAGAAGAAAAGAAAAAUAUUUUUAUUUGUUGGUUAUUAUUAACAAACCCCAGCCCAACCUCUAUUCAGGGAACACUUGCCUUGGUCCGUCCUGAAGGUGCCCCCUCAAUAUAAGUUCCACUACACCUUGAUUUCAAACUUCCACUGCCCAUGUGGACAUGGUUGCCUCAAAUCAGGGUAAAAUAAAAUUCUUCAAGGUCAGAGAAAAAUCCAAUUUUGAAGAAAAUUCAGGACAAAUUAAAAUCAUACCGCCUCUGAUUGAAUGCUUUUGAAGGUUAGAAGAAGCAUUUAAAAAAGGUUAGAGGGUAGAGAGAUUGACAAGUUAUAAAAAAUAAUUAUAUUAUAACUUUAAAGGAAACUAUACAAUCUUGUUAUUAUAGUAGGUGGAAGAAACAGACUGCUUGGUCUUACUAAUUUUACUUAAUACACCACUAAUCUUUUACUCGCAAUAGGUGAUGGUGACAGAUACCGGAAGUACGGCCAAAAAUUCUAUGUCCCUUUUACGACAACCUGGGCCACUUUCUUCUUCUGUAAGAGGAGAAUCCACAAAUUAUCCUUUCCUUCCAGGUAUGAAUUAGUCCUGUAUGUUUAAAACUACAGAAUAUAGUUACUACAGCUCAUAUCUGCUCUCCAUUGACACUAUGCAAUUAAAACCUAUUUUCAGAAAAAUGAUUUUGUGUGAUUGUCAAACUGGUGUUAGUUGUAAUGCUCUGAAUAGUGCAGGAUUUGAUUGCCAAAUGCCCAAAGAAGUGUCCUGUUUCUAACAAACGAUACACUCAAAUUGCCUGGCAACCAUUUUGUAAUUACCGUGGAAACUCUCGUGAGUGGACACGCUCGGAACGUGAAAAAGGUGUCCGUAACUGCAGCUGGCCACUUAUGGGAGUGUAAGAAUACAGAGUUUGUAUGGGAGCUGAGAAUAAUGGUGGCCAUAAGUAGAGCUGUUUGCUUACGUUAGUGUCCAUUAGCAGAGCUUGCACUGUAUUUCAGGCUGCCAAAGUGCAACUUUGAAAACAGUCAAACCAGGAGAACUGCCGUUGAGUCAUGUGCUCUUUUUCAACUCCGCUCUUAAAGAAAAGAACAUUUGUACCACCCAAGAAAAUCCCUUGAGUUGCAAAACCCAGAAAGAGCUUUCCUCCUGCCUGUCACUUCUUUUCCUGAGUACAGUACUCCUGGGUGUGGGUGUUUACUGAAGUCUAGUAUAAUUAUAUCAGGUUAUUCUAUUUCUUCUCUGAGAUAAAAAAGUAUAUGUGAAAAGCAUGUAUUAGAGGUAAAAUGCUCUGUUAUGUCUCCUUGUGUUUACAAUUAUUAUGGUUGUAUUUCAGGCCAAGAAGGUUUCUCUCAGUUGUUCAUUCGUGGCAAUCACUAACUCCUAUUGUUUGAUGUUAGGUGGAAUGGAAACUCUAGAAACUUCCAAACCAGAUCUUGUGUUUGAUGGAGAGCUGGACUUUGAGAAAGGUACGGUGUAAUGUUUACAAUGCAUUUGUAUUUUUAUUCUUGUUCUUAGGCAUGUAUACAAUGUAUUUGUAAUUUUCUUUUUCACAAAUUGUUUUUGCUCUACAUUGUAAACCCUAUGACCUGGGUAUGUUUAGGCUUGGAGUUGACUGAGCCAUAAUCACUGAUGAUCGACUGUCAAUAGUAUUGGCUAUUUUAUUCAGAGAAGUCAUCAAGUUUGUUCGCUCAUUGCUGAUACAAUCAGUUACUCUAAAGAAACCAGCUCCAUCCUUCUAUUUUUGUUUUAACGAGACAGUUUAAAUGAAUUGAGUACUAUUACGGUAAUAACAUUGUAACUAUACACAAGAACUUUGGGAGCCACACCAGUUGCUUUUAGUCUAAUUUUUAAAGAGUUUCUUUGGACUCCUGGAGAAAGAACUUAAUUUUUAUAAGUACCAGUAAACUAAUUUGGAGAUUGAACAAAAUAAAGUACAUUGUUAAUAGGUAUAGCCACAAACCUGUUCAUGAAUAUAAUUUAUAUCUUUUUGUUAUUGUCAGAUCUUCUGUCUGUGCCUCCAGGUUUUAAACAGGGGGUCUCAUUUAAUGAAGCCAAUGAAAGAGAACAGCAAGGUAAGAUGCUCUCUCAAAAAUGUGUUAGCAUUGCAUUUCAAGGUUAAAUUUGACCAGCUAUUUGUGCAACGAGUUCUACGGUCACGAUUGACUUCAAACUUGCAGAUAUAAAACUAGAGAGCUCUGAGGCUUGUUUGGCGAAGUUACAGAAAAAUCUGUCUUAGGGUUUUGAAAUUAUUGACAUUUUUUGUAAAAAUGCGGUUUUAAACAUACCGGUAUACCGAUAUCUCAAACUUUUUCAGACCAAUUAAAAGAUAAGUAAUGGUAACAGGACUGAGUGGAGUCCAAUUCGGUCUGUAAUCAUACGAGUGAUUAACAAAAUCGGACGACCGCGUAGCGGGAGUCCGAUUUGUUUAAUCACGAGUAUGAUUACAGACCGAAUUGGACGACACGAAGUUCUGUUACCAAUUAAUCAUAACUUUAACAAAAUUUGUGAUAUAUAGGACUCUUUUUAAAUCAAAAUACAAGAAAUUCCAAGAUUUUUUCGCUAGCAAUGAAAAAAAAAGCCAUUUAAGCGCGCGCGUGAUGGCGCGUACUGUCCAAUUACUCAGGCAUGACGCGUACCGUCCUAUUAAGGCUGAAAUCAGGGCAGUUGAGAACCAAUCAGAUUUGAGAAUUUUGUUAUAGUUAUGAUUAGUAAUGGUAAUCAGUCCGGAAUAUCCCUAAAUUUAAGGACAGGGCCAGCUGAUCACGCGACACUUUUCAACCAAUGAGAAGGCGCGCUUGUGUUUAUCAACAAACAAAUCAACAAAUCAAAACAUCGCCGCAGUGCAGUGAUCAAAAAUUUUCAAAACAGCGGAAGGAGUCGGACAGAAUCAGUCAUCGUUUCGAGGCUCUCAGGCAUAUUUUAAAGACUUUUCAUGAGGUAUACACAAUUUUUUUAAGUGGACAGCGUAUCGGAAGCCAUAUUGGAAGAGUCUCGUGAAAUAUUCAACACAUUUUGUGGCUUAUUUCUUCUUUUAAACAACGCGAUGUAUGGGCGAGAUUUUGGUCGGUUUUCAAGGUAGGUGAAGAAGUAUCUAUUAUUUUUUCGAUUCACAGAUUUUUUUACGAAGUUCUAGAUAUUUUAUCUCGAUUGUCAUAUCGAUUAACUUUUAUCAUGUUGAAUGUGGGGAUGGUAGACAACCUAGAAUUUUGCUACACAAUUUUUGAAUUCCGAGGUCCAAAACACGUACGUUUUCCAUUCCCGGGUUUGUCACAGAGCCGUGUUAUUACUUUUUUUCGCAUUAGUACGAGCCUUUGCCUCUUUUCUUUUCAAGGCCAAAACAACUUUAUUGGUCUUAUGGAUAUUCACGUCCAACAUCUCGCCUCACUUUGCCGAAUUUGUGGGGAUGAAAUUGAAGAUCAUAAGCGCAAGAUAGAUACUAACUGCUUUGUUUCUGAAAUUCACCAAAUCUGGAAAGAUUUAAUUUUGCUGGAUUCUCCAAAUGUUCAUCCACCGUUAAAAAACAGUCAAAGAAAGAAGGCAAAUUUCAAGUGUAUAUGAUGUAUUUCGCUACUCAUUGAACAUGCACUGAUUAUCUGGGAUAAAAUUAAAACAUUGCAGGUACUACAGCCAGCAAGGAACACCAGAUGCGUGUGAAGUCAACACGAAACAACACCAAAAAACAAGCAAGAAAAAUUAAUAAAUUUGAACUACUUCUUAUUCUUGUUAUGAUGAAUGGUUCUUUGAUUCUUGUCCCGUAGAAGUUAAUAGAUAGUAUCAAUCUUGUUUUGUACGAUCUCAACAAAUUUUCACACUCUCUCUAAGGCUAUUUUUCACGGGAGCAGUUUGCUUCUAUCAAAAAUCUUGCAAGCCACAGCUGCAAGCCAUGCCGGUGAAGCCACGACCUCUGCGAUCGGUCCGGAAUCAGUUCGAACUCCCCAAUGAUUCCUUGCAAUGAAUAAUGCUCUUAUUCUCUCACAUGAAUUGUUUUCUUUGAAAUAUUCAAUGUGAAACCUAGACGAGUACUGUUAGCUCAUCUUUAAUUCUGUCCGCCGACUCCGUCCGUUGUUUUGAAAAUUUUUGAUCACUGGGGCGAUGUUUUGAUUUGUUUGUUGAUAAACACAAGCGCGCCUUCUCAUUGGUUGAAAAGUGUCGCGUGAUCAGCUGGCCCUGUCCUUAAAUUUAGGGAUAUUCCGGACUGGUAAUACUGUAACAUGUUUGUUACUUAAAAUACCUGCAACUGAACAACUUAUCUUUAAGUGUCAUGUCUAACAAGUCACCUUGAAUACAUGAACCUUUGAUUCUGUAUCAUAUAAUGGAAGGGUAACAACAGGUUUGUUUAGUGGUGUAUAGGCGUUUGACUAGCUACUUGUUAUAUGCUUAUAGACUGUUUGGCUUUAAUACUAUUGGCUUAAUGGUAAACUGGACAGUGGAAAUUAUAUUACUUCUUCUUUUACUUGUGUUUUCGUCUUUAAAACGCAAGAGACACUCUUUAACUUUUCUAAGGCAAAAUUUAUUUGAUUGUACCGUAUCUUCCCAAUGAAAUGCCAUGCUAAAAGGGCGUGGCAGACCCAGCGUUUGUUUUUGUCUUCACUUUAUCUGGCCUACUAUUUUCAAAGGAGGUUUUCAAUCCUUUUAAACAUUCGUUGCCCAUAGGGCUAUUACAGCUUAAAAAAUGUCUGAAGUGUAGCCAUAAACCUGUUGCACUGUAUUGAAAUAGAGCGAAUUAAAUAAUGAUAAUGACCGACGAUGAAUUUUGAGAGUAGAAUUAUUUCAAAGUCCGGCUCUCAGCUUUUUUGCCCACAUGUUUAAAUUUAGAGCUGUCAACGACGGUACCUCAAGUCGUAGCAAUGUCAGACAUCAUGGCUGGUACCACCCUUGAAGACCUGGAGUAUAGUGAUGAAGAAGAUGAAAUGGAGUCAGACGAGGGUGAUAUUGAUAAGGUGGGUGCUCUGUUAGGGCGAAUUACUGUGAAUACUUGGCGAGCCAACAGUAGGGAGCUUUAGCAACGACGACGGCAAUUGGAGCGAAAACGUCUUAGAUAUAUGAAUUCGCCUUUUUCAAACUUUGUCGCGUUUACUUUAGCCUGCGAACCCAGGCGUAUUACCUGUCGUCGCUUCUCUCCAUCCGAAAAGUACUACGUCUGGGUUAGCAGACUACGUUUAUUCCAACUUGUCUAAAGUGUCAAAUGUAGGUGAAUUUUACCGGAGUUGGAUUUUUGGGGAGCACACCCAAGUUUAGUAAGAGAAAGAAAUAUUCUUCUUUGUGUAUUUAUUUGCUACUGUCAAAUUGUAAAACGAUAAUUGACUUAUCAGAGAGCACCUUUUCUUUAUCUGUAAUACUUGUAUCACUUUACAUUGUAUCAAGUGAAUAAUUUUCAGUCAUGCCAGUGAAGGUGCAGAACCCAUGUCGUUUUUCCACCAUACUUAUUAAAGAUUUUAGAUUCUAAGGCGAGGACGACUACGAGACUGAGAUUCUCCAAAUGCUAAGUAGUGCGCUAAAGGUCUCCAAUAGUUUAGCCUGUGGGUGAUAUUCUUUUCGCGGAUUGACUCUUCUGCUUUGUUUUACCUUGCAUUUACAUGAAAAGGGAGAAUCUGCUGAUUCGGAGGAUGCGGCAGAAGGUGAGAUCUGAAAAUUAUGACUUCCGUCUGUUCAAUUAAGCUGUUUGAUGUAAUAAUAGAAUUUUCAAAUAAGGUUACCUCCAAUAUGCAUUGUAGCAGGAAAUAUAAGUAUUACUAGAUGGGAAUUUUCGUUGCAACUCUUGUAAUCAAAGAUGCGAUACACUUAAGCGUGUAGGCAAGUUCUCCAUUUCAGGGAGAGAAGUUACGUGCGAGCGGCACUCGAAACGAGACUCGAGAAUUAAGGGCUUUGUAGCCUGCGAACGCAGACGUAUUUCUGGUCGUCGCGUCUUUCGACUCGAAAGUAAGAGAAGUGACGCUGUGACGCCGCUCGCUUGCGUCAUGUUUUUGUUUCAUGAAACGCUUUUUCUUGUCGUUAACAGAAAAUUGCUGCCCUCAUCUUGUUGUCUUCUUUUACAGGGAGUGUUGAGGGGCAAGAGAGUCUUGAGGAUGUCUUAGUGGAGGUGUGACAUAUUUACAGUGUAUGACUUUGAAAUAACGUAGUAGUUUAUCGUAGUAGAUGCACUAAUUAUAGAGUAAUAGUUUGUUUCACGAUGUAGUCAUCGCCAUAUUUCGACUUCUUACUGUUUGUGUUCAUCGGGCGAGUAGCCACGCAUUCACGACUGACUUAACUCAUUUCAUGAACAAAUGAUAGCAGCAAAAGGCGUUGGGUGCGGUGCACGUCAUUUUGAUUUAUACAUCGAGUUCUUAUUCGUUUCUUCUGGUCACGUGAAGUAAACCAUACAUGAAGCAAAGGCAUUUUUGAGCGACACACGUCAACCGAAAGGGGACUUUUUGCAUUCUUGGGUAGUGGUUUUGCUCAACAGUAAUCGUCUCUUUCAGAUUAUGGACUCUUGGCAGAACAAAUUUCCUGGUAGCGUUAAGGAGGGGGGCGUAAGGGGGAUCUGAAAACCGCAAAACCGCACAGAAAUACGCCAAAAAACCGCAAACCGCAUAGGAUUUUUUGCCGAAUACCGAAACCGCGUACAUGUAGGCCACAAUAUGAAAGCUGACGUCAGCAAGACUUGUGAUAUAUUCUGAUAACAUUGUGCGUUAGCAUUAAACGUACCAUCAUAACGCUAACGAUAUCUUGUACUACACUGUUAUACUCUAUUUACUACUAACCAAAUGCCAAGUAUGCUGGUCAUGUACUUGAACGAGUAUCGAUUAUCUCCCUUGACUUUGAAAAACUCUGUCACUGAUCCUGUACGUCUUACAUUGGGUGACUGAUUACUUUGGAUGACCCUGUGCUAGUUGUGGAACGCGGAAUAAAUGUUUCUUCUGGAAUUGUGACCUUCUUGUCUCGUAAAGAGUUCACGUUCAGUGGAGAAGACGAUUGUUAAAACGUACAGCUCAUCUGAAAUUCUCCCCUUCCUUUCCUUCUUCAUAGAAGAUUGCCGCGCAAUUAAUUAUUACGUCCUCUUCGCUUUCAGUUGCGACCUCGACGACCUCAGUUGCCAUUGUCGCGAAUUGAAUCAAAGCAAUGAGAACACGAGCCUGUACGGCUGUACGGCUGUACGGCUGUAGCAUGGAAUUUCACGAAGUCGACGCGUCAUUGGCCAAAACGGUUAAUCACAUUAAGUAUUAACUGGAAAAGGCCGUAAUUGCAAACCACAGAGUUAAAUUGUAAGCUGAUAUAAUGAACCCUGAUGCGUUGAAAAACAAAACACUUGGCUCGCGCUUGCAAAACAACCGGAUGCCGACCGUUCUAAAGAGUGUUAUCACCGCAGACACUUUUUUUUUCACCGAAAACCGCGACUUAAAGGUUGUAAUAACCGCAAACCGCUUAGUGUUUUGAAACCGCAAUAUCGCGAGUUAAAAUAAAAAUUACCGCAAAACCGCACCAAAAAUAACGCAAAACCGCAUCACCGCAAACCCUUACGCCCCCCUCGUUAAGACGUAUUAGAAGGGAAAACGCGUCAUUACCGUUUCACGUACGUUGCUCAGAAAUGCUUUCGCUAAUUCUAUUCUCGCAUUUAUAAGCGUGCGCUUUGUCAAUGCAAAAAAAAAAGCGUUCAAAGAGUCAGUUUCUUGCGGACUUCCUGCCCAAAUUUAGGAUCCUAAGUUUAUUUUUUAUUGUUUAGGGUCCAAACUCAGAGAACAAUUUUACUUCAACUGCUCCUGUGGCAGAGAAAUCAGCAAAGGAAGAGUGGGCAGUUAUGGUGAAUGUGACUGAACCAGUAAAGGAUUUUCACAAGCGAGUUCCUGAUAUGGCUCAUAAGGUGAGAGCUCCGUACAGUUUUCUGUUUCUGUGUCUCUUUUCUCUUCCAUUAUUUUUUAUUUAGUCAUAAAGAAACUUAAACGUAAAGAAGAUCAUCGCAGUUUUAGACGCAACUUUAGCAGCAGCUGUUAGUGAAAAGAAGCUUGAAAUACAGGCUUAUACGUAUUUUUAACCCUCCCCCCCCCGCCCGCUGCGAUUCUGGUGCAGCGCUAUACCAAUUGUUCAUUAAGUUAGUUCGUUACAAUCCCGUGAAAGGAUGAAGAAAUAAAGUGAAAUUCAUACAGUUGAAAUUGAACGUAAAGAAGAUCAUGGCAGUUUCUUUCGCAGUCAAAAAAGGCCAGUACGGGAUUCAAACCCUUGACCUUUGCGAGGACCCUCCUUUAUCUUGGCUUGUACUCCCAGCACAACUUAGAUUAGCCUGCGAGCAAGCUCUCCAUUUGGGGAAGUCCGAGAAGUCACGCGAGAGCAGCACGCGAGAGCAGCACGUGAAAGGAGACGCGACUCCUGCAUUAUCAGGCUAAAUUUGAUAAAAGACUUUGUAAAGUGUGUACAUUCAUGUGAUUCUUAAUGGGUAGUUCUCCUCUUAUAGUAUUUCAAUUGUAUUUAGGAUUGAAUGUUUUACAAACGACUGGCUCUCACGCAGCAAUUGCUAAUCUGGACAAUCCGGGAUUUAUGAUCAGAUAGUUUCUUUAUUACAGUGCAUGAUUAAGACCAAUGAUAACGAAAAGGAGUUCUACAUGGUGAACAUAAACGUUCAUAAGCUACUACGCUGUACUUGCUUGCAUUAAUGCUAUUUAUCUUUUGUAUAAUGUGGUCCAUGUAAGAAGGAAAACAUCCUUUUUCCUGAAGUGUGACCGUUCACAGUGCUAAUGUCCCUAAUUAUUUCUUUGCUCUCCUUUGGCUUGUAGUGGAAGUUCGAGUUGGACACAUUUCAAAAACAGGCUGUUCUAUGUUUGGAGAACAAUGAGAGCGUGUUUGUUGCUGCUCACACAUCUGCUGGGAAGACUGUUGUAGCCGAAUACGCGAUUGCACUGGCCAGUAAACACAUGACUAAGUACGCUUAUAUGACUGACCACUUUCGUUUUAUUGAAAUAUGUGGCGAUCGUUGAAAGUUAAGAUAGAAUUCAGUCCUGUGUCAGAUCUUUCCUAGAGUAUCUUUCCUAAGCUUUAACUUAACAGCACAUAUAGUAACCAUAAAGGUGUUUGUCCCUUUAUUCGCAGAAUUUGCACAUUGAGAACUGGCCAGUUUAUCCCUCCGAACUGCUCAGAUUCUAUUCCUCAGUAGCGCACAGAAACGUAUUGAAAAUGGCCUGUUCUUUGCGAAAAUGUCCAGUGAGGGUUAAAAAGGAAAAAGGAAUGCUUUUUACCCACAGCCUUCGAAUCCAUCACGGCGCCUCCUCAAAAAUAGGGCGCGUAAUCUUUGGCGAUUACUUACAAGUGCAAUGUCAUUUCUAGUUACACAGUUCUUAGAAUCUACCUGUACUCUUUCAGAAACUCGGUUAUAUCUACUGCCGUAGUGUCAUCGUAAGCCGAUUUAUUCGGUACAUAACUAAUAAUGUGACCGUUCGGAAUAUUUUCUCUCUCAGGACUGUGUAUACUUCUCCGAUCAAAGCUUUAUCCAAUCAGAAAUUUCGAGAGUUCAAGGAUACUUUUGAAGAUGUCGGUUUGUUGACCGGUGACGUGCAAAUCAGACCCGAGGCGUCCUGUCUUAUUAUGACCACAGAAAUUCUGCGGUGAGUGUUUUACGCAUGCCCGCACUCCUCGCAGCUCUUGUUUAUUUUUUAAUCUAGAUAUCAAAGGGGAGCUUUUGACCGACAUUUGUACAAAAGCUAAAGGUGUUUUUUAAAUAGCAUUCCAGUUGAAGUGAAGAGAAGUUAAGCAACGCAAUGAGCUAAUCAGAAUUCGAAUCAUAUCAUUCUUAUUGGAUAAACACAGCCAUAAGCAAGUACUUGGUGCUAAUCAAGAACGGAAUAAGUUUCGUGUUAUUCCUGUCGCAUUUUGAGCUAAGGUAAACUCGCUGGGUUAAUUUGUUUGUUUGUUUAUCUGUUUUUUUCCUCCCGCAAGCAUAACAGUGACACUUUCAAACGAAAGCGAGGGGGGACUGAAAAGCUCAAGUAACUCUCGUUGCAUUUGUGUCAUUUAAUCCUUGCCCGCGUAAUUUAUCUGAAAGCUUAACGUAAAAUAUUCACAUGAGCAAACUGAAGCAGUAUUUGGUGACUUUCUUUCCAGGUCUAUGCUGUACAACGGUUCAGAUACAAUACGUGACGUUGAGUGGGUGAUUUUUGAUGAAGUUCAUUAUGUUAAUGAUGAAGAGGUAAUUAUGUCGUUAAUUCAUUACGUGUUUAUAUGCACCAAACUUUCUUCGAGCUCAAAGGCGUGCCUUUGCUUGUAAGAGUUAGAUUUUGUACCCGGCAAUAUAAGAAAAGCCAUCACAGAGCCACCCUUUAGAUGACUGUGGCCACUAAACGACUAUCUUAUAAGUGCGAUAGCAUACCACCGCCGCCGAGAAUAGGGUUUGCAUGUCACCCAUUCCUCAGAAAUGAUAUUUUUCGUUAACAGACUAUUUCUUCUUUGACAGAGGGGUGUUGUUUGGGAAGAGGUGUUGAUCAUGUUGCCGGCGCAAGUCAAAAUCAUCUUACUAUCUGCCACGGUACCUAACACUUUGGAGUUUGCAGACUGGAUCGGGUGAGCGAGUUAAGGCCGUAAAUUCCAUUCUUUACAAACACUAAAACAACUAGUUUAAUCAACUCAUCCUGUGAACACUUGCUAUGGAUUUCUCGAACGAGGGUUCAGGGUAAACCAUAUUUCAAACAUAGUGUUCUCGUCUAGCAAACAAACCUGGACUUAAGAUGUUACCCCUUUGUUUGCCCCAAUUGCUCAUGGAGCAUAAGGAUUUGAAUCGACAACCUGGUUUGUUUUGGCAGCCUCGACUUACAAACGGCGACAAUAUUGUUGAGGCACCAAGAGCCAUAAUAGGACAGAGAGGGAGUCUGAGGCCGUUGGCCGGAAUAUCUUUAUUUCAAAAAAGUUAUUUUUAGAACUAUGCGGACCACGCGGAAACAGUUUCCGGUAAACUGGUUGACUUCCGGAAGACUCGCUUUCACGAUUCGGCGCGCCAAGGCGAGGCGGCGUCAACAACAAAAGAAAAAAAUGGCGGCACAAGUGGAGGGACGAUGUGGAGUUGAUAAAUUGGCCUUCUUCAACAAAGAACCUGCCAUAGAAACUGCUGAAAACGUCUACACAAAAGGGUCCUUUACAAGCAACGGUAGAAAUCGGUUAAAGCGACCGCGUGACCAUCGUUUUUGUUUGAAGAGCUGGAAAGAGGACAGUGCUAGAAAUUUUUUAUGCCUUCCAACGAUGAAUACCCGUAGCGAAAUCUCAUCACGCUUCCCCAACAACAUAUGUUUAGUUACUCAAAUCGCGUGAUAUUGUUUUCAACCAAUCGGAAAAAGGAAUUACCAAUCAGUAUAGAUGGUUUUCAGAGUGACGUCAUCAAAUUGUAAAGUCAAAAUAGCGAGGUUUUACGAAUUCUUAUUUACACUAGGUUGAAGGUAAACAAAAAGUAAAUCUUUGUACAAGUUUCCAUUCCCGUAGCAUGUUUCAUUUCGAAAAUACAGCAAUUUGAACUUCCGAGUUUUCACACGGUGCAUGACAUCAAAAUAGCAAUGCUGUUUCGUUGGGAAAAAAAAAACCUCUCCUCUUGAUUUUAAGCGGUAUAACCAUUUUAAGUAGGAGAUAUGCUUAUGGGCACGUAUGCUAGCUCUCGAGUGAAAAGAAAGAGCUUUUAUAGAAAAAGUGAAAUCCAGAUGUUUUUGUUGAUUUCCGACGGCCAUAUUGGUGGACCACCAAUAUGGCGUCUGCGAUACAAAGCUCUACAAAGUUGCGUGAAACGUUUCGGCAAAUAAAUCAGAAACUGUGGGCCACAAAGACCUGAGACUUGGACAAAUUGUUUAUAUAUUAGUCUUUUAUAACAUUUCACUUUCUUGGUUUCUUCCACUGGACGGUUUCCAAUUUAUGUUUUCGUUGCGUGACAGUGAAAACGAUCUAUUUUCAGGCUCAGAUUAUGGUCUCCGUGAUUAUGGUCUCCUUUCCUUUCUCCCUCGCGCGCGCCCAAAUUCCCCCUUCCCCUUCCCUUUUUAACCCCAGCCACGCAGGCUAUUCACAGUCGGAAGUUAUCGUCGACGCGAAGGUGAGCGAUCGACAGCGACGGUGUUGCGCGCCUUGACGAAAUAUCAUCGGUUGUGAAAGUAGUUUUACUUGCCAUGUGCUUCGUGGUUUUUGCUUUCUGUCUUGUUGGAUGCAGUUCAACGUGAGCUUUGCGGAGAUUUUCCGCCGAACCGAAGUGGUAUUUAUUGUUGUGUUACACACUGUUAUGGUUCAAAAGGCAUUGUUUAGGAAUUCUCUAGUCCGUUGACCUUUUAUGAUGCAACUCAUGCACAUUUUGAACUGUCAGCUGGAUCUCCGUAAUAGACCUAGAUUGGUAAAAUCUUCAAUACCAAAUUUUAAAAUUAAAACAGUAAACUGAUCCUUACGGCAGAAAGACUAAUGUCACGUUUAUGGUGUACCUGUAUUUAUUUUCCCCUUUUAGCCCCCAUUGAAGGUUUGUGUUGCAUACCGAAAUAUUGGGCAAAUAUAAUUCACCAUUUUAGUUUUUGUUUUCACUCUUCCUACCGUAAUUAAGGGGGGGAACUCCCAUAUAAAAGUGACGGGGAGUCCCCCCGGGUCCCGUGCCUGGUCGGGAUUUUAAUUAAGGUUAAUUAUAGAUUGCGAGCAGUCCCUCAGGAUGGAGAGCGACUAGCUAAUAACGAAAAAACAUUGGUCAACCGAGGGGAAACUGGGUUGGUGUAUAUGUGCCCCUUGCGGCUCCUUGCUUGAUGGGUGGGCCGACAAUAUCUUCUGACAAUCGUGUAGUCAAAACCUCAACCUCGUUUAAAAGAUUCAUCCUCCAAUCAACAACAACAACAAUCGUUAUUACUAAAUGCAUAAUUAGCGCAAGACAUAUAUAGUCGUCCUUCACAAAUUAGCAUGGUCGCUUUUUGAGGCGGAGACAGGAUAGAAAUUCAGUAAGUUCUUCAGUGGCUCCAGAUAAUUUCCACGAGAAAAGUGAGGACGUUUCCAAGCUUAUUUACUUACGAUCUAUUUACAAACUGUAAAAGAAGAUUUUAAAAAUAUUGCAAGAACACGCAAUUUUCACAACCUUAAUCAAUAUUUAUUAAGGAUUCUUCAUAUACUGAACAACUCGUUAGUGGAUAUCUUCUUAUGAUGUGCAAUAAUAACUUGAUUUUUUAAAAAAAUAAUAUAUACAAUACACCAGCAAACUCUUUAUAUAGUUUUUCUUAAUACGAUCAGCGUUUCUAAUCGGUCCGCAUAAUGCUACAACAUGUACAAUUCAGGGAUUUUUUACAAAUAAGGAAAAUAAAUGUUACUGAUUCCAUUUGUACAAUGAAGACUGUGCACAGAGUAAUUCAUUUAUGACACUUGUCAGUCAAGAGAAAUUAUCUGAUUGUUUAAUAGAAUCUUAUGUGUAACGAGGGAAAAGUGUCGAAUUGGGGUGAAGGGAAAAAGGGAGAGGGAUUGGGGAGAGUAAGCUCUCUUCUCUUUUCCCUUUUGCGCUUUCCCCCCUCCUCUCCCCCCUCCUCUUUCCCCCUCUUCUCCCCCUUCCCCUCCCGUUGCGCCUGUACUAGAUAUUUAAAAGGCCAAUACUUCUUUUUACUGUAGUGUGGCACUUUCAUGCUAUUAAGAUUUGUUUUACUUGUGACUGCGCAGGUCAAGACAGGAUAAUAAGGUCUGGGGCUUUCCACAAGUUGCAACAUACAAUCCAUCAUUCUAAGAAACUGCAAUUUUCCAGCUUAUUUAAACAUGAUCACAUAAAAUUUCAAGUUAUCUAGACUUAACUAGAAAUUCAGCCAAUAGGAAAGACAGUGAAAAUUCGUAUAAGUAACCACAAACUCAUGAUUGAAACUGGAAGAUAUAAUCAAACUUCCCGCAACGAUAGAUUCUGCCCUAUUUGUAACUCUGGUAUAAUUGAAGACGAAUUUUUAUUACUUCGGCGGAGCGCGAAGUAAAGGAUUCGCGACGCUCAGGAAUGUAUCAAAGUUGCAAUUUUUUGACAAGAUUGGGCAAGCAAAGUCUGUAGGUUUGCGGCUCUAUUCGGCUAUUUGACGAAGUGAGAGGCGAAUUAGUCCGAGAUAUCUCGAGAUCACUUCGAUUUCUUUGAUUUAUUCUUUAACUUUUUGAGGAAGAAAGAAUUACUAUUUUGGCCUUCCCAGGGUUUGAACCGACUCACCUCUGUGACCCGUCAGAUCAGAGGAGACUCUAAGUUGAGGGAUUAGCCGAUUGCGCUACUGCGACCCAAGGAAGUUUGGCAUGCGAAAAAUAGUUAUGAAAUGAUGCAAUAGUUUCGGGACAAGAUUGGGCGUGCAAGUUCGUGACUUUUCGGCUUGUCUCAACUAUUUCACGAAAUGAGAUCGGACUACUUCGUGAUAUCUUGACAUCACUUCGAGUUUAGUCUUAAAUUACUCGAGGAAUAAAUAGAGGAUAUUUCGUGGCCGAGCAGACACACGAAAUUUCUCUUCGAGUGUUGAAAAACAUUUCACGAGUGAGCCCUCCUUUCGAACUGUUUUAUGAUGAAUUUAAAGUUACAAAAUGCUGCACAAAGACAUUUUGUCUUUGUUGAGUGUUACGUAGUAAAAUUGCUUUCAUGCGUUGCGUCACUUUCUCAAACGUUCUCUACGUUUUUGGAUUAGCCAUGAAUAAUUAAUUAGGGCAUGUUUACAUUUCAGCAUGAGUCAGCAGAUUUGCAUCAGUUACUGAAAUCGUAAAAUAUGUCGAAAAGCUACUACUAUUCGCCUGUUUAGUAUUUUCUAGAACCUUACGUCAAACGGUAUACAAGCUUCAAGCGAGUUCUUUUGACGAACUAAGUUUUUUCCCACGAGCUGGACUGCUGUGUUUAGUCAAGUGUGACGAAGAUCGAUUUUCAGGUUCUGUGUUUACAAGUUCGCGGAAGCCGUAAGAUAUCUGAAGUUCAAGUGAGAGUUUGUUAUUAUUGGUGGAGGCUGUUUAGUUUUACUCAAAGAUCAAGUCAAGUUUGUGUUGGCGGAUGCUGUGUUUUAAAGCUCUGUUAAGGCCUCCUCCUUACCCAUGCCUACGCUGUUUUUGAAGCCUGAUGUGACUAAGAAAAAUAGAGAAUUGUUUUUUAGAAGGAUUUGUAUGGAGUCAUCAGAGCAUAACUGGGCUAAUAUCGCGGAGACAAUUUGUCCUGAAAUGCUAGUUUUUGGCAAGUAGGCCUCUUGGAUGUUGCUCUUUUCAGAAUAUCCUGACAAAUCCCAUAAUUUCACACCUUACUCUUACCAUAUUUGAUUUCUUACUAUUCCUCCGCAUUUACAAUUAAUUAGUUCCACAACCACGACGCCGAAGUGUACGCUAGCUCCGUAGCGUCUUGUUUCUCUUCAAUUGUCCAAAAUAUUCAAUCCCAAGGGAGAAAUUCUACAAUCAAAUCCAACAAAAUUUUGUCGACUUUAGGGCCUGUGUACAUGGAGUGGGGGACCCCGGUCUAGUGGGGUUGGUUUCUUUUGUUUUCACGCUCUGGGGGACACAAAACAAAAGAAACCUACCCCACUAGACCGGGGUCCCCCACUCCAUGUAAACAGGGUCUUAAUUAGCUAUCUUACACAGAAUUGAUAAUUAAAUUGAUGAAUCACAGAAUUUUUCCGUAAAUUCACAUUUGUUGAAAUUUGUCUCAUUAUGUAAUGAUUUGCGUACUAAUUUGUUAUCAAAUCAUGCUGAUGACACUUGAUUGACUGUGGUAAUCAUUGCAUUGCAUCAUCAUUGUUAUAAAUUGUAACUUUAUGUUAAAGCUAUUGCAAUACUGUAACUACAUAAUUAUAGUCAUGCAACUAAAGCUUAUGUUGUUGUUGUUGUUGCUCGGCAACUUUUUGGCAACUUCUCGUAUUUCGAGCAACUUUUUGCAUUCUGAGCAAUUUCUCUAGUUAUCUUCUAAUUCUGAGAUAUCGAAACAGCUUUUAGUACAUAAAUUGACCUUUUUUUUCAUAUUUCACAAUGUCUUAGUAGACAAUUUAUGAAUUUCCUGUAAAAAAUGGGAGCCCAGUCCUCCCACCUAGGGCAGAUCAUGGGCAGCGGUUUUAAGAGAAAAUUCAAAAUGGUGGACGAAGAUUCACACUCGACUGAGUAACGAAGGUCAUUCAACAAUUUUAUUAGCUCAUUACAUUUUUUUGGUUUUAAUUGAGGACAACGUUAUUUAGCAACGCUGGUUACGCUGCAAAAUUGCACAAAAAUGCUUACUUUUGUUGUACAAUCAGACCAAAAAAGGUUUUGUUUCUACGAGCAACUUUUGAGCAACUUUCGUUACAAAAAGCAACUUUUGAUGGUUUUUUUGAGCAACUUUUGGGAGACUUUUUGAGGAAUCACGGGAAACUUUUUGCAAAAUCUCGAGCAACUUGUGGAAAGUCCUAAUAAGGUCAGAGAUUUAAAAUAACCAACGACAAUUUGACUCUAUUUUGUCAAAUAUAAAUAAUCAGAAUCUUAUGCUAGUACUUAUGUAUAUUUGACAAAUUGUAAAAUUGUCAAAUUGUCGGAAACGCAACUGUACAUGUAACGCAACACGACACGUAGGUUAACGAUGAAUUCUGAGCCCAUACAACACUACACAGAAUCAAACAGUUCAGUCUGAGGGUAGAAUCCUGAGUCAAGGUUUUGCUUCACUUGUUACAGCUCUUCUCUACUGUAAAAAAUUUGCGUGAAAUCCAACAUGGCUACGAUUAAAAGGUUAAUUUAUUGUAAAAUCGAGACGAGCGAUGCCUUCUAUGAGAAAUAGUAGGGUAAGUACACGCAGUUCAAAUUUAAGUGUUACCCUAAGAUUGUUGCAAAAAUUGAUCAUGGGUAUUCCGGAUCUCAAAAAGCGCUCUAUUUAGCACACGUAUAUAAUGUUCCUCGAGAUCGCUUGUCAGCGGAGUUUUAAAGGCUUGCAGGAUCAAGCCAAGGAUCCUAAAUAAGUUGUUUGUUGAUUGAGUAGGAUUUCUGAGCUUUUUCCUAGCAUGAGUAUCAUUGCCCCUAGUUGUCUCUUUGUUAGUACUCUCUACUUCUCUAUACUGAUUAUCUACGGGGCGUUUUACACCACGCGGGGUCGCUCCUGUUGAAUUCUCAGUGCCACCGUUUUGGACAGUACCUGUAUCGUUGCCUAAAAAGGCUUGUUCAAUCCCCACUUGCUCGUUUGUGAGCAGCACAGAGUCAUACGAUUCCAUCUUGGUUCCCAGACUGAGCGUUCUCUGAAACUGUAUGACGGGCUGAUUUUGCACUUUUGUUUGAUCAGAGGGUGUGUUGUGAAUACUUGGGGCAUCUUGUAGAGUUCUUAGCUCCACUUCACCAGUAAAUUGUGAGGGAGAAAACAGCUGGCCAUCACCUCCAUCAAGGAUACUGAGCAAAUCAUUCUCUGAUAAGUUGAAAGAGAUGGGGUUGUUUUCAUCGCCGAGAAUGUUUAAGACGUCUGUUAGAUCCUGAUCCCAUAAACUAGCCGCACUUUGCGCUGAUGUANAGGUUAAUUUAUUGUAAAAUCGAGACGAGCGAUGCCUUCUAUGAGAAAUAGUAGGGUAAGUACACGCAGUUCAAAUUUAAGUGUUACCCUAAGAUUGUUGCAAAAAUUGAUCAUGGGUAUUCCGGAUCUCAAAAAGCGCUCUAUUUAGCACACGUAUAUAAUGUUCCUCGAGAUCGCUUGUCAGCGGAGUUUUAAAGGCUUGCAGGAUCAAGCCAAGGAUCCUAAAUAAGUUGUUUGUUGAUUGAGUAGGAUUUCUGAGCUUUUUCCUAGCAUGAGUAUCAUUGCCCCUAGUUGUCUCUUUGUUAGUACUCUCUACUUCUCUAUACUGAUUAUCUACGGGGCGUUUUACACCACGCGGGGUCGCUCCUGUUGAAUUCUCAGUGCCACCGUUUUGGACAGUACCUGUAUCGUUGCCUAAAAAGGCUUGUUCAAUCCCCACUUGCUCGUUUGUGAGCAGCACAGAGUCAUACGAUUCCAUCUUGGUUCCCAGACUGAGCGUUCUCUGAAACUGUAUGACGGGCUGAUUUUGCACUUUUGUUUGAUCAGAGGGUGUGUUGUGAAUACUUGGGGCAUCUUGUAGAGUUCUUAGCUCCACUUCACCAGUAAAUUGUGAGGGAGAAAACAGCUGGCCAUCACCUCCAUCAAGGAUACUGAGCAAAUCAUUCUCUGAUAAGUUGAAAGAGAUGGGGUUGUUUUCAUCGCCGAGAAUGUUUAAGACGUCUGUUAGAUCCUGAUCCCAUAAACUAGCCGCACUUUGCGCUGAUGUAGUUAACUCCAUCUCUGUGUUUUGAGCCAUGCAUCUGGUGAUUUAAAUGAAUAUACAAACACGUUAACUGGAAGAUUCCCAUUCUGCGUGCUGGGCAGGCGCCAGUUUUUUUUAGGGCGAAGGAAAAAUCUCGAGGGCGCGCGGCCUGUAAUAAGAUGAUUAUCGGCACCUGCUACGUUGGCAGAAGUUCCCGAACACGGAAAAAUAAAUGAUUGUCUUUAUCGUGAUUUAUUAUCCCUCUUAGCUGAGGCUCGUGGACUCACAACACUUAGACAAUGUUAUGACUUCACUUUAUCAUCGAUAAGUCAAUUUGUUGAUUGUUGUUUGGCAUUUUAAAGAUAAUCCGUUGUCAAUGCCCCGCUUAAAAAACCACAGACAUUUUGGGCCUCGAUCUCAACUGUAGAUUGCGAAACUUCGGCAGUCGCAGUUUACUCCCGGUAACACAUGUACUAACAGCCGGUACCAAAGUUCACCCGAGCAUCGCUGGUUGUGUAGAAUAAAUUAUAAGGGUUUGUGUGGAAAGUUUAGUGCGUCCUUAUGGUCCCUAUGUGUUACUUAUUGCACGUUUUUGGUGUUGUCAGAGCGAUUCCAGCGAGUUUUAAUUAGCUGUGCCCUUCUUUGGCACCGACUUACUUGUGAGCCUGCGCUACCUGUGCAAAUAGUCGCGUGUCUUGACGCAUUGUGAUACAGCUAUGCGGAAAGUUAAAUAUCCCCCGCGAAAAUGGUUUUCUGCUAUAAAUUAAUUAUUGAAUCAGAAUUUUCGGAUGCAGAGAGGACAGGUAUACCAACAUAAUUGUUUUUCGACUAAAAGCAAUAGUAAUAAGAUUCGUGAAUCCCUUCGUAGCAAAAAGACCUGCAUGCCGUCGUAUAAGUUUGAUGAAUGCAUGAUACCUUCAAACCUUUUCCUGAAAUACCUAGCCUCACCUUGAUUUAGGCCCAUUUCCAUGUAUCUUUGUCUUUCUAGUUUUGUUGUUCAUAGUCUGUAACUUCAGAUUUAUACAACCCGGGAGCACACAAUCUGAUCUCGUACAUGGGACGUGCACGGUAGGCUGGCGUAUCGUAGCAGGGGAAUCCUGCGGGAACCGUGGUGGCAUGUUCUUUCUAUUUGUCGCGGAGAAGAUACUCCCUAUAAAAUCAAACUAUUUUGAGACUAGCUAUACAGUAUGAAGAACGCAAUUAGAAUAUGUUUUAAAUGUUAACUCCAUCGCCUGCCAUAGGAAGUAGUGCACUUGACCCUGGGCUAUGGAAAGAUCCAUUCUAUCUUCAUUUUACUUCUAGUUACAACCAAACUAAAACCGACAUCAGAUCAACAAAAAACCUAUGAGGGGAUUUAUUACCCUUUAAAUGGACCUUUAAUCAGUUUGUUCCCAAUAUAAUUUUGAUUCCGAGGAGACUGAAUACUGUCAAUUAAUGGCUUUAAAAACUUUGAGCUGAUAUCAGAAAAUUUGACGAGUAAAAAGCUGCAAAGGCAGUUUAAGUUAUCACAAACUUACCAACGAUAGCUUUAUGACGUCUUCUUUCUUUGAUAGUGUGCACGAGCUCAAAACAAAAUUUGCCGUAAAUGAAGAAACUCCAGUUUUUAUGUACAAGUUUAUUUUUCUAGCAUUUUCGCUCGACAAAGAAAUUUUUAGUUUGUUACUUAACAUGUUUAUAAAUUGUUAUUUGCUGCGGUUCUAAGAAUAGAAGCAAAUUAUUGUUUUCACGGUUCCAGCUUAUUGACAGCUGUCACGGAUACUCAUGUAUAAAGGGGCGGGAUUUUACUGAGGUGAUCAUUCUAAGCUGACAUCGCUGCCUGAGUUUCGUUUGUCAAUGCUUUUUUCUUUUUGUGUCAUUUGAAUUUAUUGCCGUUGGUGGUUGAUGUACUCAUAAUUCUGUAUUCUAGUUCAACCUCUCUCCCUCGAGGUUCAUGUUAAGGCGGUGUCCGGCUCUGCUUUCGGGUGGGUUCAGGUUUCCUCCUUAGUGAGGGGGUUUUUCCUGACGGGCAGCAGACACGAUAUCAUCUUUAUUAUUGAUCAAAGAACUUUACUCGGAACUUGUUACAUUUUUUUUUACUUCACUGCCUUUGCAGUACCUAAGUGUUUGUGUUUGUAUGAAUAAACGGGGACUGAUGUUCGCAUUACGCUGGGCUUCUAUCCAGUGCAGCAGUCAGUUUUCCUAUUUAACAUGGAAUGAUUUCAUUGUUUUCACUGUUCACCGUUUCAACAAUAGGGAAUAGGGAAAACUUAACCUUUGUUCGGGAAUUGAGCCUUGCCCCUCCCCCAGCUGAGACAGGACUGAGACAGCAACGGAAGUCGAGCCUAUCUUUUGGACAACGUAAUAGUUUAAUCAUCAACAAUUUCUCUUUAUCGUAUUCAAUAUCUGUUACCUUCCAUGGUUAAUCUUUUUUACCGCAUGAGGAUCCUCAAGACUUAGGGCCUGUUUACAUGGAGUGGGGGACCCCGGUCUAGUGGGGUUGGUUUCUUUUGUUUUCACGCUCUGGAGGACACAAAACAAAAGAAACUUACCCCACUAGACCGGGGUCCCCCACUCCAUGUAAACAGGGUCUUAGAGAUUGCGCAAUGCAAAACAAAAGACGUGUUGAAUUUCAUCACGACUGAAUGUUUCAUUUUAUUCUCAAGUCAUCGCUUGACAGCUUAACCAAAUUAAUUAGAAAUUUUAUUCAUUGCACUCAAUGGAAACACAGAAAAGAACUCGUGGGACCUUUCAAAGCAAGCCGCGACAAACGGCUAGUAAAACGCGUGCGAACAAUUUGCGUGUGAGCUGCAAAUACCGAGUUAAAAAACUUUUUUUUCUUGUGUGUGUGUAAUAUUUGGCCAAAAGCGAGGAAAACUAAAUGCACGUCGUAACAUUUAUUCCGAAAACAAAUCUUACAUAGAAUUCUUUAGUCAGUUUGCGAGAGUUUACGCAAUUUUUUUAGUACAAUAUUUAUUUGCCAACGGAAGGCCUUUUUGUUACAAGAGAAAUGUAUUCGUUGUCUGGUAGUUUCGAAAACACAGCACUGGAAAACGAAGACCGAAGCACGAAGCACGAAGCACCCAAAGCACCCAAAGCACCCAAAUCUCGAAGACGAAGUACCUAAAACUCGAAAACGAAACACCCAAAACUCGAAACCUGUGUGCCCUUGAAAAUCACGAGACAGUCCCUUGUCAAGUGACCAAUGCUAAAACAGCAGGAUAACGAACAGACUGCUGUUCAAAACUAUUCAAGUAGAACUGCGAGGUGUUGGAAAUGCAUUUCCGCCGCCCUGACUAAAUUAAAAAAAGUGACGACUUCCUGUCGAUGUCACGUUUACCUAGUUUUGUAAAGAAAAACCUAGAAAGAAUGUGCAGCUAGUAUUUUGGCCUAGUGAAAACGGCAGCCAGUAAUACACUUUGAUCACGUCUAAAACAGGAAGUCGUCACUUUUUUAAUUUAGUCAGGGCGGCGGAAACGCAUUUGCAACACCUCGCAGUUCUACUUGAAUAGUUUUGAACUUCAGUCUGUUCGUUAUCCUGCUGUAUCAGCAUUGGUCACUUGACAAGGGACUGUCUCGUGAUUUUAAAGGGCACACAGGUUUCGAGUUUUGGGUGCUUCGUGCUUCGGUCUUCGUUUUCGGAACUACCUCGUUGCCUGAACGACUUAGCCUGCGAGCAAGCUCUCCUAUUUGGGCAAACGAAGCGAGCCUCGCGAGAACGCGCGAGCGAGGGGCCAAGGGCCCCUGCCCCUCGCGGCUUCGCCGCUCGCUCGCGCGUUCUCGCGAGACUCGUUUUUCACUCACCCAAAUAGGAGAGCUUGCUCGCAGGCUAUGGACGACAAUAAACUACGAGCAGUCUAUUAUUUUUCUUUACAAAGUUACGCAAGGCGUAAACCAUGCAGUCUAGAGGCGAAGCCGCGAACUCUUAAACGAGAGCGUCUCGACCUUAACUGAUUUCACUGAAAAGCUUUGGCCGGAAAACGGAAAGCGCGGGCAUGGAAGGGUAAAUUCUCUAUUGUAAAGUCGUUGUUUACCAUCUCGUUAGCUCGAAUAAGAACUAAACAGAUUUUAAGAGAAAAGGCGGGCUGCAAACAGUCUAGAAAGACUUUCUUAAAUGUUUGAAAUAAACACGACCUAGAAACUCGUAAUAUUGUGAGACGUGACCUUAGAGUUUGCUUGAACAACAGGGGUUUUCCUUCCUUUCUUUGUCGCGCGUUGGUCACUACGCCACACGUGGAGCGUUUUAAAAUUGUGUUUUUUCCGCCGCACAGAGACUUACAUUUAGCGGUCAUGAAAAUGGUCUAUGCAAAAAACGGCGGCUGAAAGCAGUCUAGAAAGACUCUCUUAAUUGUUUGAAAUAAACAUGACUUAUAAACCCGUGAUAAUGCGAAACGUGACCUUAGAGUUUGCUUGAACAACAGGGGUUUUCUUUGUCGCGCGUCGGUCACUAUGCCGCGCGUGGAGCAUUCUAAACUUUUACUGAGUAAAUCUUGCUUUUUCCGCACUAAGACAUACAUUUAGAGGUCAAGAAGAUGGUCCAUGUAUAUUGGGUAAUAAUUUUUUAUAAAAUAACUGAGAUAGUACGCGUGAUCUGAUUGGUCAAAAACCUAUGGUUUAUUAUACCGGUAAACCCAUAGAAAAAGGCAUCCGGACCACGAGCCAUAAACAAAACCGGCUAUUGAUCUGCAAACAAUGAUUUUAGAAAGGCUAAAAAACAGAACAAUAGUAUCAAAAGCGUUGGUUUCCACAUUUUAUUACUCCCAUAACCUUAGAAGUAAUAAAGUACAAAGCUGGAAAGCAGUUUACAUUUCACGACGAUGCCAAAUCGCAGAGAAAGGCAACAACUGUGUGAAUUUCUGGUCUAGAAAGUCUCGAGAAAAACUUAACCAUGUGCCAACCAGCAACAAAAAUAUGGUUUUAGUACCGGACAAAUCAUGCGUGGAAAUCGGUAAACAAUAGGUUUGAUCUUUACAGAAUUUUCAAACAUUGCAAUGUUAGUUCAAUAACCACACAGCAGUUUAAUAAGUACACAACAGAUCAAUAACCACACCAGUAGUUCAAUGACCACACAUUAGUUCAUAGCCUGCGUGCAGACGAUAACUAAACUCUGAUUAGUACCGUCUGCGAAGCAGCGCAGAGAUCCUUGUUCUGGACCCCCAACGGACUCAACGAAUUACCGGAAGUGCGUUUCGAAUUCCCCUUCAACCUGAUUGGCGAUCAGGACAAACAAAACAAAGGCCUUUUUUAACUGGCCAAUCGUGGCGCGUACUCAAAUCUGGGUACACAGCUGGAAGUCCAGAACAAGGAUUUCGGCGCUGUUUCGCAGACGGAGUUAACCAGAGUUUAAUUUCGUCUGCGCGCAGGCUAAUUAGUUCAUUGAGCGUAAACUACAGUUUACCGGAAACUGUUUCCGCAUGGUCCGCAUAGUUCUAAAAAUAACUUUUAAGAAAUUAAGAUAUCCCAAAGGCCCGACUGGGAGACCCCUCUCUGUCAUAUUAUGGCUCUUGAGGCACUUUACAAGAAGUGUUGUAACUAAUUUUAGACGCCGAUUUUAGGUUUUUUAAUAUCUUAAACAAAUGCCGCGCCACAUAGCUAAGCAAUAAUGGCUUUCACAGCACUGAAUGACACCUUAUCUUUUUUAACUACUUAGCCGCACAAAGCGAAAGAAGAUCUACGUCAUCAGCACGCCGAAGCGCCCAGUCCCCCUGCAGCACUUCUUGUACACGGGCAACAGCAAUAAAACAAGUAAUGAGCUGUUUAUGAUCGUGGAUGCCAACAGUAAAUUCCUGACGCGCGGUUACGAAGCAGCUGUGGCGGCAAAAAAAGAGCGGGAAGGCAAAGGGAAGGACGCGUAUGGCUCAAAGUCCAACCAAUAUACCAAUAUCAAAGAGGUCUGCUGCAACUUCACAUAAUGGUCUUUAAGAUCCAUAGACGCGACGGCAACGAAAACGUCGCUUUAAAAGUGAAUUUGCGUUCUUUCAGUCUUAAGCAAAAUUAUUCCUACCCAUCGAAUUUCAAGUGACCAUAUUCAAGUUCAGGAAGAGAAAUAAAUAUCCGUCAUUGCUUGUUUACGUUCUCCAUAAAACGCAAAAUUAGGCAUUUUCACGUCGUAGCCGUGCAAAAACGUUUGUUUGUUAAAACUUUUAUUUUUUAGACGUUCUCGUUGCCGUCGCGUCGUUGGAUCUUAAAGUCCCUAUUCUUUCUUUUGACAGAAGCAAGUUUUAGUUGUGGUAAUUGUCGUAAUGAAUGUUAUACAAAGAGAAAGAAAACGAAAAACCAACUUUGCUUGAAGCACCUCAAACCAGUUCCAAAGAAAAAUUUGAACGUUAGUUCUGAAUGUUGUGUAACAUUGCAUGGACGCAGUGCUCUAUCAAAAAUAUACACUACUAGUAUUUAUUGAGUCUCAAAUCGAGGCAAAAAAUUGGAAAAAUAAACAGUGAAGUAAACAAACCUACAGAAAAUAAAGGGACUUGUUGGUUGCUCUCUCUGACUAAAAAUGAUUUUUCUUAGUAUAUGUUUACCUAGUUUCAACCAGACUGCUAAUGGUCCGCUCUUGUUUUUCUUGAGCGCGCUUUACACACUGAUAACCAAGGACAAAUGAGUCACUGCUUAUAGUAAAGUUUAUGUUGCAACUGCAUUUUGGGCAAUUGCAAUUACGCCACAGUGUCCGUUACCGACCAGCCCUGUGUGGUGUAUAACACAUAGUUUUCUCCUUCAAAGGAUUUGGGGCAUAUUUACAUAUCUUUCUCCGUUUGUUCCAAGGAUCGUAAUAUUUGGCUGUCCUUGAUUGAAAUGUUGCGCAAGAAAGAGAAACUCCCCGUAGUUGCCUUCACGUUUUCAAGAAAGAGAUGCGAUGACAACGCUGAUCAGCUGAGCAGCUUGGACCUCACUACCUCUUCAGAGAAAAGUUUAAUCCAUGUAUUUAUUCAGAAAUCCGUGGCGAGACUGAAGGGCCCUGACCGAAAUCUUCCGCAAGUAAGUUUAUACAUGAAUUUCCUAUUUUAUGGCCCAAAUCUAAAACGAAACUUGAUGUACUUGAGCUCUGAAAAUGUUUAAUGUUGUUUGAGACUUAACUAGCACACUGAAACACAAAACGGUUUAAGUCGGUAGAAAGUCAUGUUUUUACUAUGUAUUUAUAACUCGAUACAAAGAAAAACGGAAAAAAGGAGUGAAGAGUGAAGACCUGCUUUGGCUUUUAGCUCUUAGUUUCUUCAUAUAAAAUCUGAAUCAAUUUCAGCCUCAGUGUUCAGGGGAUUCUUGUGACCCUUAUACGGUUUUUUUCAACUUUUGAUAUGGACAAGUUACGGAAAAUCCGUCGACAUCAUUGGAAACAACGCCUGAAAAUGAGUAAAACAGCCAAGUUUGAAAGUGAUUUGUUGAAAACUAACCGAGAUAUGGCUCCUCAAAGUUGGUCCAUGUGAAAAGUUGAAAAAACCGUGAAAGGAUCUGUUGUUAAAAUAAAAAGCGUGCGGGUGACUAUUCAGUCAUUAUUACGUCAAUUAAGCCUCUCUUUGUGUUAUAUUUCAGGUUGCUAGGAUACAGGAGCUACUAAAGCGCGGAAUCGGUGUUCACCACAGUGGGGUGUUGCCAAUCAUUAAAGAGGUAAACUCCUCCAGCGUAAGCGCUCGAAAUUCAGUUACAGGUCCUAGUGCUUUCAUUUUUGUUUUGACUUGCAAACCAUCCUGCAAGGCACCGUUUUGGGUGGAAAGUAAAGGGGUAGGUAUUCAUACCGUAUUGUGGUGGUUUUAAGGAGUAAAUGAAGUGAAUCCUCUUCAAGGAACGACGCACACUAGCAUCCUACCCCUCGCACGGACUUUAUGCCGCCAGUGAUGAGGAUGAGAUUAGCUUGCCUUCACCUCAUCUCCUUGUAACAAUAUUGAAUUUAUUUUAGCAGAGUGAUCGUUUUUAGAAAACGUGAGACGUUUUAGCCCGGACUUGGAUUCUUAAUAGAGGUUGAAAUAAUCUCUGUUUUUCACAUUUUAUUUGAUAUCCUUUUUUUGCAGAUGGUAGAAAUGCUUUUUGGUCGAGGACUAGUGAAGGUGGGUUUCCAUUGCAGCAAAAUAUCAUUAUGAUAAAACCGAUUUUUUUGGUGUUGACCCAACCAAGUCUCUUUUAGCAUAUUUUAUAUUAGGGCUUUUUUGAAAGGUAUAGUAAACGAAAGUACCAAUUAGCAGCCUGUUUGGUAUUUGGUGAGAAAGAAACCUCUCCGUUGCUGAUCACCACGGUAUACCGGCUUUUGACCUCUCUGUCUUUUACUGGUCCACCGCAAACCCAGCCCCCCCCCCCGGCGGGGGGAACGUUGUAGACGCGUUAAAAAACCAUCUCCUAAAAAAAACAUCGUUUUUACGUGGCCACCCGAGCUCCUCGAAGGUCGAGCCGUUUGCAGAGAAGGAACAGUAUCCAGGGAUGGAACGCCCGACAUAUCGCUCAUCAGGAACGCCAGCAAUGUACCUGCUGAAUUUACUCUGCGACGGUUGAAAUGUUAAAAUAAAUAAAACAUGUGUUUCUGUUUGCAGAUACUCUUCGCCACGGAAACGUUCGCCAUGGGGGUUAACAUGCCAGCAAGGACGGUGGUAUUUGAUUCAAUAAGGAAACACGACGGAAGUAGCUUUAGAGAUUUGUUACCUGGCGAGUAUAUUCAGAUGGCAGGUCGCGCCGGACGGAGAGGACUGGAUCCUACGGGAACUGUGAUUCUACUGUGCAAAGGAAGCGUUCCUCUUAUGGCUGACCUUCAUAAGAUGAUGUUGGUAGGCUAACGUUUGGACCAAGUAACUCGUUUUCAGUCUUUCAGCUCUCAAAAAUUAUACCAGUCUUCAUUUACCUGACAACCUUUUAAGUGGCCAGUAGACAUUAUAUAGGGCGUUUUCACAUGACGUCAUGCCCCCCUUGUUAGUGUCCCUGAUCAAUAGAACGGUGGCCAUGUUGGUUUCCCAAAACAGUCAUGUGGGAGGUGAAACUUGUUCCUACGAAAAACUUUCUCGUGUUCCAAGAAAUUUGCACAGCUGCUGGCCACGUGAAUGAAAAGAGGUGCUCUGUUAACCUUUUAAGUCCCAGGAGUGACCAACAUCAAUUCUCUCCUAACAGUAUCCAUAUUUCUUCAAGAGAAAAGGUUAGGAGAAUUAAUUAAAUGAUCAUCAAAGGGAAAAUGCUCUAUUUUAUCUUUUAUCAAAUUCUCUUAACUAAUUCUUUAAGAAAAUCUAUUGACAUCAGUCUGGAGAAUUUGUACGUGGGUAUUGGGGAUUUAAGGGUUAUGGGGAAAACAGCUGUUAAAAGCUGUCUUUACAAGCAGCCGCGACAGAGUCUUUUUUCACGUAGAGAAAGCGCCAUGCUCGUAGCGUAUGUUACCUUCACAAACACUUUGUAAUAACAUUCCUGCCAGCGGAUCGGAUUGCUAAGUUGAUUUUCAAGUAGAGAAAGGCGGGUUUUUAGCCAGUAUUUUGCUUAUAGAAAUCACUGGAAACUUUUUAUUAUUAUUAUUUGUCAAUAUUUGCGGUAGUAGGAUGCUGGUAGAUUUGUACUAGAACGAUAAGAAGGCUCAGUCUCGAUUUUUUUAACUUUGAUCUUGGCUCGCGGACCGAUAGAAAUUUAAGGUUGUCCUUUUAAUUUUGACAUAUCUUCCCCCUAACGCUAUUAUUAAUCUCUCCGUUAUGUCUUUGAACAGGGUAAACCAACUCAGUUGAUCUCCAGAUUCCGUCUCACCUACUCUAUGAUACUGAAUCUACUGCGAGUGGAAGAGCUAAGAGUGGAAGACAUGAUGAAGAGAAGCUUCGCUGAGUUUCACAUGCAGAAAGACGCACUACAAAGAAAACGCGAGGUGGAAGAACUGGAGAGAAAGCUACAAAAUAUAAAAGAAUUAGACUGUGCAUUUUGUUCUGAAGACUUGAAGGGUUACUUCAAAGCUUGUAGGGAACUGUCCGAGUUAACAAAAGAAGUUCAGGUAAUGACACCGUAG